GUUUCCUUUUCCUUUUCCUUUUCCUUUUCCUUUUCCUUUCAAGUUUCAACAGCUCCUCCGCUAAUUGCGCCACUUCUCUCAAAACAAACACACACAGUUCUCUCCAUAUGUCCAUACGACAAACAUUAUCAGACAACAUAGUCACUUGCCAUGUCCGCCCUCUCUCUCUUCAUCCUCCUUUCUCUCAUUCCCUCCCUCUCCUCCUUCCCCUUCAACUACAGCGUCCACAUUGACUGCGGCGGACUCCUUAAUUCCAGCGACGCCUUCCACACCGCCUGGCUCUCCGACCGCUUCUACUCCGGCGGCGCCACCUCCGUCGUCUCCGAGCCCCUCCUCUUCCUCCACCAGCAGGAGAAGACUCUCCGCUACUUCCCCAUCUCCUCCGGCAAGAAGAAUUGCUACUCCAUCCCCACCCCCGCCCCCGACGCCCGCUACUUCUUCCGCACAUUCAACGUCUACGACAACUUCGACGGCAGAGCCCACUCCCCCUCCUUCGACGUCUCCGUCGAGGCCACUCUCGUCUUUUCCUGGAGAUCCCCAUGGCCCGAAUCCAUCUCCCGCUCCGGCGCCUACUCCGAUCUCUUCUUCUACCACAACGACUCCGCCAUCGACGUCUGCUUCUACAGCAUCGCCACCGAUCCGCCGGUUGUCGCCUCGCUCGAGCUCACCCAAAUCGACCCGCAAGCUUACCCCUUUGAGUAUGCCAAGAAUUCCAGCAAUUACAUUCUCGUCAAUUACGGUAGGUUUUCGUCCGCCUCGGAUCAAUGGGGCCCCGGAUUCAGCAACGACACCGAUUUCUUCAGCCGUUCGUGGCAGUCCGAUAAGGAGUUCCGGCAAUCAGCCCUCUCCACUCCUAACGGGGCGGAAAUUAAACCGAUUUCCGCGACUAAGCGUAUCGCGAAUGUCGAAUUGAGCCCUAAUUACUUCCCUGAGAAGCUUUACCAGACUGCGGUAGUUGCGCAGGGAGAUGGGGGUGGGAUUUUGGAAUACGAAAUGCCGGUCGAUGCGAAGCUUGAUUACUUGCUUUGGUUCCAUUUCGCUGAGAUUGAUGCCAGCGUGACCAAGGCGGGGCAGAGGGUGUUUGAUGUGAUUGUGAAUGAGGAGAAUGUUAGCAGGGUUGAUGUGUUCGACAAAGUCGGUGCUUUUGCUGCUUAUGAUUUCAGCCAUGUUGUCAAGAAUUUGAGUAACACUGUUUUGACUGUGAGGUUGGAAUCGGUUAUGGGCGCGCCCAUCAUUUGUGGCCUUGAGAAUUAUGCAAUCGUACCCGUUGAUCUCAAGACUGUUCCUGAUCAGGUUACUGCUAUGAAGGCAUUGAAGGAAUCACUGCGUGUGCCCGAUAGAAUGGGUUGGAAUGGUGAUCCAUGUGCCCCCACUACAUGGGAUGCUUGGGAGGGCGUUACAUGCCAUUCCUUGAAAGACGAAGCCCUUGUGGUCUCACAAAUAGAUCUUGGAAGCCAAGGCUUGAAAGGCUAUAUAAGUGACAAAAUUGGUCUAUUGACGAAUUUGGUAAGCCUGAACUUGAGUUCGAAUUCCUUGGUAGGGGAGAUACCCUCAGGGUUAGGUCAAAAGUCUCUUGUGAAGCUUGAUUUGUCGGAUAACAAAUUUACUGGAUACAUACCAGAUAGCCUAACUUCUGCCAGCCUGCAGCUCGUGUUACUGAACGAUAACUUAUUGGAAGGGCGGGUUCCUGAAGAACUUUAUUCGAUUGGGGUUCGUGGUGGCGCUAUAGAUCUCUCUUCUAACAAAGGAUUGUGCGGUGUGCCCUCACUUCCCGAAUGUUCUCUGCUCUGGGGUAAACACGGCCUCUCCACCGGGGGGAAAGUUGCAAUAGGCAUAUCGUGUCUGGUAGUAGUUUCUGCUCUAGCAUUCGGGAUAUACUACUGUGUUGUCUGGAGGCGACGCUAUGACUAUGACUUUGGUUUACCUCACGAGCUAACAUCUCUUGCGGCAAAGAGAAACCGAUACCACCGACAAAAAUCGUUGAUGGCUCUGGAAAUGGAGAGUCAGCAUGCUAAAGGAUUCAUACCAACAUACAAUGUGAGUUGAUGGGGGAUGGAGAGGUGUUGUAUACAGAGAGAAAGAGAUACAGAUAUUUAUAGGCGGAAUUCUAGCUCGGUGGUGGUCGGAAAAAUGGAGCCGCUGAUUACUGGAUGAGGACAGAUUUGAUGCAGGAAGGCAGAUUGUGUUAGAGAUUUGAUCAGAAUUUUGUCUAUAUUUGUGGAGAAUUAUUUGGAUGAAGAUAGCUGAGGUAUAUGCCAGUUUUUGCCCUUUAGUCAGUCAGCAUUUUAAGCUGUAAUAGUAAAACUAUAUUUAUUCAAUGCGAAUUUAAACAACAAUCUAUAGCAACCAUGUGUUUCUUAUUGGUGUCAAUGUUUGUCUUUUGUAUCCAUAUACAUAUAAUUUACUUAUGUGUAGUUUGACGAUA